AUGUUGAGUUUUUCACUGAACUUCACACUGCCGGCCAACACGACUUCCUCUCCAGCUGUUACCAGUGGGAAAGGAGCAGACUGUGGACCCUCUCUUGGGUUAGCAGCUGGCAUCCCGUCCCUGGUAGCCACAGCCCUGCUGGUGGCCUUACUAUUUACUCUGAUUCACCAAAGAAGAAGCAGCAGUGAGUCCAUCGAGGAAAGUGAGAGGCCUUGUGAAAUCUCAGAAAUCUAUGACAGUCCCAGGAUAGCUGAGAAUCCUAGGAGGUUACCCACACAGGAGAAGAAUAUCAUGGGAGCAGAAGAAGCCCACAUAUACGUGAAGACUGUUUCAGGAAGUGAGGAGCCCAUUCGUGACACUCACCGUCCUGCUGUCGAAGUGGAGAGAAGGAGGGGAUUGUGGUGGCUUAUUCCCAGGCUGAGCCUGGAGUGA